AUGGAUGAUCUCUCGGGCCUCGAUUGGAGCGCAAACGCCUCCGGCAACAAGCCCAAGCCCAUGGCCGCCAACCCCUCGUAUCCUCCGUAUCGAUCGUCGCCAUCUCCCUUUGGCACCGGGCAAAGCACGCCGCUGCCGGCCCAGCUGUCGAACAACUCGGUUCCUAAAGCGGCGCCGGCGAAGGCUGCGCAAGACAGCUUCAGCAAUCUGGCUUUCGGCCUGCCCAAAGCAACCCAGAAAUUGUCUCUUGCCGAAAGACAGGCGCAGCUUGAAGCCGAGAAACGAAAGAAGGAAGAAGAGCGACGGAAGUUGGCAGAGGCGCAGUUUGGAGAUGGACAGCACUGGGAUGCUCUAGGAUCACGAGGCUUCACACCUAGUCCUGCGCCUCAGCAGCAACAACAAAAGCCCGCGCCCGCGCCCGCGCCCGCGCCCGCUAAGAGCUCAGCCAAGGACGACGACGACGACCUCUUUGCCGCAUUUAACAGAGAUACAAAAGUGGAUAAUGCCAGCCAUUAUCCUCCACCCGCUGCCCCAAGUAAGGACAGACUGGACUUGACAGACUCCUCAGCAUGGGGCUCAACAACGGCCUCCAAUGGCAACGGGGCUUUUGGAGGAGUUGAUGAUGACGAUCCCUUUGGACUGCACGAGAUGAAACCUGCUGCUUCAGCUGGACCUGGCCGGGGCACUUCCUCUGGCGCAGAUGAUUUUGACUUUCUGGGAGACCUCGGGAAGUCUGUAGAUGAAGUUAGAAGGGAACAACAGGCAAAACAAGAAGCAUUGCGAAGCGAGCCAGGAAAGCCCAUUGAAGAUGACUCGAGCUCUUCCGACGAUGACGACGAACCUAUAGAACGAAACGUUGAGCGAGUACCAAGGGUGAACAAAGAUCCCUUUGACAAGGCUGUUGCGCAACUUGUUGAUUAUGGAUUUAGUCCUGAGCAGGCUAGACGAGGGCUCGUGGAAAGCGGAACGGGAUUCAACGCGCAAGCAGCGGCCAAUUGGCUCUUGGACGAGGCUCAUAGGAAAUCAAAAGAGGCAUCGCAAGGUCGGAGCUCUCAAGGUCGAGGAGGUUCCCCCGCAUCGGGAAGCCAGACUCAGCGAAGUGAUAGCCGAUCACCUGCAAGAGGAGAGGUUGACCUUGCAAAGACCGCGGCUGCUAUGGGAAGCACCCUAUUCAAGUCUGCCAAUACUCUAUGGAAGACUGGGCAAAAGAAGAUGCAACAGGCGGUGGCGGAAUUCCAGCAAGAAGGACAAGGAGACCCAAGCCAGCCGAAAUGGAUGCGCGAUGCUCAGCAGGCACAAGCACGGCCGAGACCUCCCCAAGCUAGCUCCAGUGCCACGGAUGAGGCGCUCAUGCUUGAGUCUGGUAGUAGACCACCACCUGCUAGAGGCAGCAGCAGCAGUCGCCCUGCCGUGGACCCAAGAGCUGGGCCUCAGAUUUCACGAGGAUCAUCGCCUGCCCUAUCUUCAGGAACUCCAAGCCGAAAUAGUCCUGUUCCCCGAUGGCAGCAGCAAGCAGCGCCGCCGCCCAUGGUUUCAGAUGCAAGAUCAAGGCUGAACAGACUUGCUGCAGACGACGACGACAGCUUCUCUAACUAUGUAAGUGCCAGUAGGAGAAAGAAGGCAAGCCCGGCACCAGAGCCAAAGAAGUCUGAGCCUGAGCCGGAUCUACUCUUCGGCCCACAGGCGUUAAGACAAACGCAGCGGACUCCCUCUCCAGCAGUCCAGCGAUCAACGCCAACAGCCUCAAGUCAACCUCGACCAGCACCAGCGGCCGCGCCCCCGCGCAAGGUCACACCUAGACCCGCUCGACAAAUCCCCCCUAUUAGCCCUGCAGCACUGCAAGCGUCGACGACGCAUAGGCUACAGGGAACUACGCAUUUCAAACGAGGCGACUUUGCCGCGGCACAUGCGUCCUAUUCAUCAUCUCUGUCCUCUGUUCCUGCAACGCAUCCUCUGAUGAUUAUCCUACUCACAAACCGUGCAUUAACUGCCCUGAAGACAGGAGAGCCUAAACAGGCAGUGACUGAUGCAGAUGAAGCGCUCAAAAUCAUUGGACCCGGGAACGGCCAAGGAGAGACAGUAGCUGUAAAGAAUGAGACUGGACAAGAAGAGAACCGUGACAUGAAAGAGCUUUACGGCAAGGCGCUAAGCAGGAAAGCAGAGGCUUUGGAGCAGAUGGAGAGAUGGGCGGACGCAGGCACGGUAUGGAAGCAAUGCGUUGAAGCUGGCGUUGGCGGACCUACGGCUGUUAAAGGCCGUCAGCGAUGCCAGGACGCCCUUGCUCCCAAGCCCAAGGCUGCUCCAAGACCAGCAGCAAAGCCGCGACCUCAACCAUCGGCGGCUAGUCGGGCACCUCAGAAAGAUUCAGAGGCAGUCACAAGGCUGCGUGAAGCUAACCAGGCCGCUGCUAAAGAGGAUGACGAGAAGUUUGCCCUAGCAGACAAGGUCGAUGCCAAAGUAUCCGCAUGGAGAGACGGGAAGAGAGAGAAUCUUCGGGCUCUGCUGGCCAGUAUGGAUUCAGUGCUCUGGGAGAAUAGCGGUUGGAAGAAGGUCGGGCUGCAUGAGCUGGUCAUGGCGAACAAGGUGAAGAUUUCGUACAUGAAGGCGAUUGCAAAGACCCAUCCUGAUAAGGCAAGAUAUUCCUCCACCUGA